AUGAUUGAAAUAAGAAGACCACUUUCUGAAAAAAAUUUGGGGAAUAGAUCAAGCAAAGAUUUGCAAAGACCAAAUUCAUCCAGUUCACAAUAGAAAUAGAAUUUGUAGACUAUGAAAAGUUCAAUAUAAUUACAAAAACAAAAUCAGAACUUUUAUUCCAAAUAUUUUAGUAGCAAGGAUUAAAAAGAGAAUAUUGAGAUGCGUGCCAAUGUUGAAAGAAAUCCAUCAGCCAAAUCUAAAUAGACACCUUAGGACUAUAGAAAAUUGUAAGAUAAAUUACUGUAUUUGGAAAAUAAAAUCUCUUCCAUCAAAUCUCACAUUGAUAAUAGUUAGAGACAAUCCAAAAACAACAUAGCAUCAAAGUUUUUUUCAUAAAACACACAAAACAACCAGAAUUCCACCUAGGUCUAAAAGUCCGUCUAAAUCGACUUUACCAAUAGAUAAUAGAAGGAAUAACGGGAAUUCACACCUCAAUAAUAGAAUAAAUUAAAGUCUAGUACUCUAGUUAAUAAUAAUAACGAAUACAAAUCUUCCAUUGAAGGUACAAUAAUUAAGAAACCAAGUUUGUCUACCUUUGUUACUUAGGUCAAAGCACCCUUAUAAGAAAACAAAGGCAACUUUAAAAACUUGAAGCCAGAUUCAGCAAAGGCUGGAAGUUCAAUUAAGACAAAUUUUAAAAGGAAAAACUCUUAAGAAAAAACAGUGGAGUCUUCUUUUUUAUAUUACAUCUCCUCAAUUAUUAAAGGAUAUAUGCAACCUGAAAUAACAAGACCUAUUGAAUUGAUUAGAGAACAUUUGCUCUAAACUAUGCAAGCCUCCUAGUUUUAGAAAUCAGUUAAAAUCAUAAGCAAUGUUGAAGAUAAAAAAGUCAAUCUGCCAUCUACAAAUAAGAAAACAAUAGUAUUUGAUCUAGACGAAACUCUAAUCCAUUGCAAUGAGUCAACUUAGGUUCCAGGAGAUAUUAUAGAGGUACUAUAUAAAAUGGAUCUUUAGGCUUCAAUCAAUAUCAGACCUUAUGCUUAACAAGUGCUGUAGACUUUGAAUAAGCAUUUUGAAAUCAUAGUAUUCACAGCAUCACAUUCUUGCUAUGCAAAUGUAGUUAUCGAUUACUUAGAUCCAAAUAAAAAUGUGAUUGCUCACCGAUUUUUCAGAGACAGUUGUAUGUAAACUGAAGAAGGUGCAUACAUAAAAGAUUUAAGAGUGAUUGGGAAUAGAUCCUUAAAUGAUAUGGUUUUGGUGGAUAAUGCUGCUUAUUCUUUCUGUCUUCAACCCCUGAAUGGAAUUCCGAUAAUUAAUUAUUACGAUAAUAAAAUGGAUUAAGAACUGUUAUAUUUGUAAAAUUAUUUGAUGUCAAUGAGAACAGUGCGAGAUGUUAGAUAAUACAAUAGUUAAAAUCUUAAGUUAGAUAAAUUUGCUCAAUUUACAGAUGCUAUUGAGUUAUUGCAAUCUCUUCAUAAAGAUUAUAUCCCUUGA